AUGGAGAAGAAGAUAUCGAGGAGGAAAUCGGACGAAUUCAUCAAAGAAGGAAAUGUAAAGCUGAAUAACAGAAUUGUUAAAAACCCAGGAACACAUAUCGAUGUAACAAAAGAUAAAAUAAAAAUUUUGGGGAAAACACUAAACAUUCUCCAGACGCAAAAAAUGAUCAAUCAAAAUGACAACAACAUGUACAAAUGGUUUGUUCUUCAUAAGCCCAAGGGACUUCUAUGUACAUCCGAUGACGAGAAGGAUAGGGCUUCCAUAUAUUCCCUCUUCCCACAGGACAUAAUAGACAAGUACCGGCUAGUCUCCGUAGGCCGACUUGACCGGAACACAUCUGGCGUCCUCCUCCUCACCAACGAAUACGCUUGGGUCAACAAACUAACGCACCCAAGGUACCAACGAAUAAGAACAUACAGAGUGCACGUCGAAGGACCGGCACAAAUGAAAGUACUAAAGGAGCUAGCUACAGGUGUAUAUCUACCAGAGGAUGAUAGAGGACGAAAAAAGCAAAAAAUAAUGAAAACAGAAAGAACACAGCCAGCAUUUAUUGAAAUAUUAAGGCAAGAAACCAUAAAAGUAAAAGAUCAAGUCAAAAGGAUAAGCGUAUUAAACAUUAGCGUACGCGAGGGACGAAACAGACAAAUUAGAAAAAUGUUUGAGCAAAUAAACCAGCCGGUGAUUAAGAUAAAACGAACUGCCUUCGAAAAUAUAACCCUCAAGGAUAUAUUUUUCCCCAAGCAGUAUCGCGAAUUGACCCAUCGGGAGGUCUCCGAUUUGAAGACACGCCGCUUCUAA